GCCACGGAAACCGGCUGCUGAACAGGUGAUUUUACAGCGAAGACUGGAUGGAGCUGAAGAAGAUGAUCGCUGGUACUCCCACGUCUCUGCAGAGGAAAUCAGUGUUUCCGCCUCUCCUCGGGUACGAGCGAGACACUAGCAUCUCCAAUGGCAAGGGAGGACAGAUGCAGUCCGUAGGAAGACAGCCCACGGAGACAGCUUCUAAGCGGGAGAGACAAAGCGUAAAUCCUCGGAUCUCUCAGCCUGCAAUAAGGACAGUGACGAACGAAAGAGACGCUGAGCUCCGCCGGAGACAGCACACGAAAGCUGAGGCUCUGGUGAGGAAGUGGGACUCUCUGCUGGUGAGAGAGAGAGAAGACAGACACGUCCAGCUACUGCAGAGACUGGACCUCCAGCGUAAGCUCAUUUCCAAGAAUGACCUUGCCUUCAGGCAGUCCCUGAGGGAUGCCGAGGAGAAAAGAUUACAGGAGUUUCAAACUCAAAGGGAUCAACAGAAGAAAAUUAUUCGGGACCUUAGAGCCCACGCUAAAAGAAUUGACGAGCACAAGAAAAUGGUGGCAGAGAAAGCUGAAGAACGGGGGUUUUCAGCCAGCCAGCCAGAGCGAGUUGUGGUGUCCGCAGAACUGAGGCACCUCCAGUUUGAAGAAAACAAAGAGACACACGAAGGUGGCCCAGAAGAACUGCUGAGUGAUGGUUUUCCUGCGGACUUUGGCCACACAUCACGAUUACAGCAGCUUCUUGAUUUUGAUCCAGUUCGUGAAGCAACACCUACUAUAUCCAGUGCAUGGGUUAUUUUGAAACACGACCACUCAAGGAAACUGCAACCAAUAAUGGAAUACUCCCUUCACACACGAGUAAGCUUCCACCGUUUUAAAUUACUGUGCCCCUUUUAAUUAUCCACAGGAGCUUGCAAAUCCCACAUGUAAAGUUUUGCUGAAAUACUACGACAACCCCAUCAGGCUUUCAAAGAGUGGAGAGAAAGUGCCUCUGUCGGAGGUAGUAGAGGCAGAAGCUCAGAUGAGAGAGCUGAAUCUGAGAAAUGAUUCAAUGUUGACGCGUGCCCUGGAGUUGAGAACUCGUGGAAACCAGGUCAGGGCUGAGGCACUGCUCCACCGCAAACAAACACAGGUCAAGGUCCCUAUUCAAGAGCCAACCAUGUACAUGCCUGAGGAAGAAUACGAGCAUCUGGACGAACCACUCCACCACCUCCCACCAUUUAUGCCAUCGGAACGAGAGCCAGUGACACAUUCUCCCAUUGAACAUGUAUCCAAGAGAAAAAAGGUGAAAUACCUGACAGAGGAAGGUAUUCUAUCAUCCUCAUCUUUGGAAAAUAGUAAACAAAAACAAGAAGCAGCUAAAUCAACGUUUCUAACAGACCACGGUGAAGAAUGUGAGAGACCAAGGAUGGAUUAUGUUGUGAAUGCUAAACCUGGGUCAAGGUGGCAGCCAUUGUCCUGCAAUGCAGCACAGGAGUACAGUGGAACGCGUGUGUUACCAACCAGAGUGUUCAGUUCCCAGGGAAAUAGCAGAUAUUCAUUAUGGAAACCACUAUCCUCCCACUACAGCCCAUGGAAUUCAUCACCCAGUUAAUGAAUGAUGUGUCGAAUUCUUCCCGCCCAAACCCAUGAAUCAUCUUUCAGCACUUACUUUCUAGGUAGUUAGCAGCAGUUUACACUCCUCCCCCAUUUUUUUUUUUUGUCGUUGACUCUCUCCCUUUCUCUGGCACUACAUGCUUCAUUUCCUACCGCUAGUGUGUAUGUGCGUAGUAAUUAGUAGCACUGAGAAGGCAUCAAUUGUAGUUGUGGUGGCUUUGAGAAAAGCCGGUUGAGAAGAAAAAAUAAAAUAAAAGGAGUUGAAGAGAGCAGGCGCUCUACUUGCUGCUGGUGUAUUUGGUGACGGCCUUGGUGCCCUCGCUGACUGCGUGCUUGCUCAGUUCUCCUGGCAGGUGAAGGCGGACGGCUGUCUGCACCUCGCGGCUGGUGAUCGUGUGUUUCUUGUUGUAGUGAGCAAGACGGGAGGCCUCGGUGGCGAUACGCUCGAAGAUGUCGUUGACGAACGAGUUCAUGAUGCUCAUGGCCUUGCUGGAGAUGCCAGUGUCGGGGUGAACCUGCUUCAGAACCUUGUAGAUGUAGAUGGAGUAGCUCUCCUUGCGGUUCUUUCUCCUCUUCUUCUUCUCGCCCGCAGGCUUGGACUUGGUGGCGGGGGGGGCUUUCUUCUGGCCUUUGGAGGCGGCAACCUUUCCAGGCAUGAUGAUCGGUUUGUCGGUCUUCGGCAGAGAAACUCUUCGGAAGGAUCGAGAGAUCGGAAUGU